GUUUAAUGUAAUUGUGGUUAUACUGUAAUUUUUACAAACAAAAAUAUGUAUUUCCUGAGAGUCAUAUUGAUUUUUUUUUAUAUUCAUUCUGAAUGCAUUUAUUUCCCUAGGCCUCUGAAAGUUGCAACAAAUUUCUAUAAUUGUCGUUUAGGAAAGAGAAAAAUCUUUAAACGCCUGCAGCCACAACCAAUGAAAGUUUCCACCACCUGUCAUGUUAAAGUGUUCACUGAAUUGUGGACAAUGCAUGAAAUUUCUGGUAUGACUCCUUCGUGUGUCGGAAAGUGUUCGAGGUGUGUGCUCCAAUGACCCCCGGGUCACAUACCAUGCAAAGCAGCGGUGCAUUUAUCCUGUCAAAGUAUAUUAAAAAAAACAACAACAACCGGUGAUCGCAGGAGGAGAAAACUAAAAUAAAAAAAKAAGAAGAUGAGAAAUGAUGGCAGCAAAAAGGGCUCAUUUUUUGGUCAGCUGGUGAAAUGCUUAGAGGUGGGCGUGUGCAGAAGCUGCAAAUGUGUUGAAGAGUAUGUUUGCUAUCUAUUCUCCUCGCCACUGUCCAUCCAGGACCUCCCCUCGUGGUGUUUCGUCAGCAGAUUAUCUCUCAGAAGCUGCUGGAGGAAAAAAAAAGAAAAACAAGAAAUCUGAUCCAAAUGGUGGCACUAUAAAGCUCAUCACUGAUUUCAUCAAAACUUAGACCAGACUUCAUCACUCAUCCUGAGUGACAUCCUUCUGCCCCUUUGAGCUUCUCCUUCUCUCCUCAGCAGCAGCACCACUUCUUCUACWGGUUCUUCUGGGAAGACAUGAACAUACUCGGCCAGAUUGCACUCUUCCUUUUGCUCGGAGGCAUCUGGGCUCAGAACAGUCGCAAUGCCAAAGYAGGUGGCAAGUCUUCGAAGAAAACCGGCGGGACCAAGGCAGGUGAUGCUGGCCAGCCCACCCCCGCUGCUGAUGUGACCCCUGGGAGCAGCAGGAGCACAGGAAGGCCAGCUGAGCAGGGGCAGGAGGGCGCUGCAGGAGCCCGCGCACCUGGACAACAGACGGACGACAUGAGGCUCCACUUCCUCCGGAACAUCCAAGUAACCUGCAACGAUGGGACGGCAGCUGGGUUCUACCUAAAGGAGUUCAGAGGAAGCCGCAGAUGGCUGUUAUUUCUGGAAGGAGGCUGGUGCUGCUACAGCAAAGAGACCUGUGAUUCCAGGUACCAAAAUAUCCCCCGACUCAUGAGCUCAGCGGGGUGGCCCCAGACUAAAACAGGAACUGGAUUAUUAUCUUCUCAAGCAGAGGAAAACCCACACUGGUAUAAUGCAAAUAUUGUCUUCAUCCCGUACUGUUCCAGUGAUGUAUGGAGUGGAACAGGACCUGCUCCAACCCCUGCUCCAAGGACACGGCAAGGCAGAGAGAAAGUGAAGGAGAGGAACACAAAUACAACUGAGUAUACAUUCAUGGGAUCCCUUAUUAUCCGUGAGGUCAUCAAAGAUCUCAUCCCUAAAGGAAUCAAGCAGGCCAAGGUUGUCCUGCUUUCUGGCACCAGCGCUGGUGGAACAGGUGUUUUGCUGAACAUCGAGCGGGUUGCCAGUCAGCUGGAGCAGCUCGGUGCCGAAGCUCAGGUCCGAGGUCUGGUGGAUUCUGGYUGGUUUCUGGAGAGUAAACAACAGAGAUCUCCAAACUGCCCCGAGACCGUCUCCUGCUCGCCUGAUGAUGCUAUCAAGCUAGGACUCAGGUUGUGGAACGGAGCGGUGCCUGAUAGAUGUCGGCAGCUUUAUAAGAGAGGGGAGGAAUGGCAGUGCUUCUUCGGUCACAGACUUUACUCGACUUUAACUUCUCCUCUGUUUAUUGUUCAGUGGCUGUUUGAUGAGGAGCAGCUGAGAGGAGAAAACAUCUACCUGGGGGGUCAAAGUUUGUCUGAGGAGCAGUGGCAGUACAUACAGAAUCUGGGCCUGGAGCUGAAAAACUCCYUGAGUGAUGUCACGGCUGUUUUUGCACCAUCUUGCCUUUCCCACACAGUUAUAACCAGAAGCAACUGGAUAAGUUUUCAAGUCAAAGGCACCAGUCUACCUCGAGCCCUUCACUGCUGGGACAGAAGUCUGGAGGCAACACGCAACAACAGAACCCCCGCCAAAGGCUGUCCUUUCCACCUGGUGGACACCUGCCAGUGGCCUCAGUGUAACCCCACCUGCCCGGCUCUGGUGGACCAGGCCACCCAGCAGGAGCUGACUUUGCUCCAGAUGCUGGUAGCCAUGGGCCUUGACCCCCAGAAGCUCGGCCUUGAUCCCCAGGGAGAGGCAGAUUCUCUGGUCAGCAUGGUCAGUAAUGGUGGCUAAAAUAAUCAUAAUAAUAAUAAUAAAAAACACAAGAAGUGGGAUCAGGAGAAUGAAUGGUGGGAGUAAACGUUUUGAAUAUUUAGUGUAACCAUAGGAAGUCUGUAGAAAUCUGGUUACUACAUGUUGUCCUGCUCAGCAUUCCAUUAUGCUCCACAUGUUCUGAGACUAGGCUGGUGGGUAUGUCACUGCAUCUGGGUUUGUUUGGUUUAGCGCGCCCUCUACUGGAAACCAGAGGAAAGAGCUUCAAGCUGAAGGAAUUCCUACACUCUGGACUGAGGAGCUUUGAGCCUAACCAGMUGGCUCGACAUAACCUGCAACACACUUUCAUCCGGAUCACUUUCAUUUCCAUCCACAUGAUAGUUGGGUUUUAAGGAGCGUCUGUUGUGCAAAAAUAUCAAAUGUAUAAACUUCUUAUUUAGAAAAGUGGCCAKUUACACAACAAAAGAUUUUAUUCAUUAAACAGUGAUUUAAAAUCAGCUGAUAUGAAACAACUAUGUUCUGUUUCUUAUAAUCCAGUAACAAAUCAUCAACACAUAAACAUCAGUCACUGUUACUUAUAUUUUGUGCACAAGGACACUGAUGAUUUUUGUGGCUUCGUUUUGUUUUUAGCUACUGAUAUGUUAACUUAUGUAUAUACGUUCUAUAAUAUCUAUACAUUUGUUUUAUUAUGCAUGCAGAACAAUAGUUUGACUAGUUAAUGACACAUUAUAUUUGCRGGCCAGCAAAGAAGGAUCACUGUUCCAUAUUUAGUUAUACAGUAUAAUCUGUGAGGGGGAAAGAGGACUGUCUUUGACAUGUGAAGUGUUUAAUUAAAAGAAAACAAACGCUGUGGUGAUUUACUGCUCAGAUUACUUUAWAGCCAUACAUCAUGUUAUUAAUAUUCUUGUCUGUAGCUUUUGUCAGACACUUUAUCCUGUCAUGUUGUGAUCGUCUGACGUUUUAAAAAUGAUUUUCAUUUAUGUCCGUUAGUAAACUUAGCUGAUGUACAUGUAAAAACAAUAAAUAAAAUUAUAAAACCUGGCAA